AUGACGACCCGGAGCCCUCCCGGUGACCCAGAAGAAUUCCGCGGCCAGACAUUGACUCCCGUCUCGCCGAAGCCCAUACACUACCCAGUACCCGCCAACAUACCAGUCCUUGAGAAGCAAAUGGAUCCCGUAUUCAAUGACACCGCCACCCAUUACCCGCCCGAAGAUGCGCACCAGGACCAAAAGUCCAAUGACUCGUCCUCAGACUCGCUGUACGCCGAGCAGUCCAAUGCUGCAGACCAGCAGGGCCAGAACGGCGCAGCGGCGCAAGUAAGCGGCGCCGACGAUGACUAUGCGCAGACGCUGUCGUUUGAAGAUGGAGAGGGAGCGGAUAAUCAGGAUACCUCUACAAUCCAGAACUUCGCACAACCGCGCCAAGUCCCUGCUGAUGCGCCCAGUGACGCUGCUCUUGCGCCCACUCAAGCAGGUCAAGCACCAUAUAUCCCCUAUGACUUCGCUGCCAACCCCUCUGCUCAGGGAGGCAAAGCUCAAGAGCCCACCAACGGCAUCGCGACGCAGGCCGCCACCAAGCCCGACGAGGGCGGUGUUGAUUUCCAGGCCCUGCUAGACAACCUGGCUGGCAAUGCACCCACGCCCUCCGCACAGAAUACCGCUCCACCAGCGAACCCCUCCGCAGUCCCUGCUCCUUCCGCCGCACAUUCGAAGUCGCCCACCACUGCGCUUCCCGGAAACCCCAACCUCCCUCCUCGCCCACCACCUCAAGAGAAGCCAGCCACGCAUCCCAAUUACACGCCCGGCGAUGAUAUUCGCUCCUACCAUCCGCAUAGCCAAAAGACCGCCGCCGCUUCCUACCGCACCCAGCCCGGCCUCCCGCCCUUGAUGACCGGCACGCCCGGCACCGCAACUGCGGGCCUGACUCCUGCCUUCCAACAAACUCCCGUCUCUGCCAUCACCCAGCGCACUCAAAGUCCCGCGACUCCCAGCUAUCGCCAACGCGAUUCGGUCGAUCUACGCCGCAACGAGAGAGAUGGUCCAGAUGAUUCAGAUAUACCCUGGGGCCCUGAGACGCAGAAGCUGUAUGAUGAGUUUUUGCAUGACGAGAGGAUAUAUGUGACCGAAGGCCAGUGGGACAAGUUCCCUCCCGGCUCAAGGUUAUUCAUAGGAAACCUCCCGACCGAAAAGGUCACGAAACGCGACAUUUUCCACAUAUUCCAUCGCCACGGCAAGCUUGCCCAGAUCUCGAUCAAGCAGGCUUACGGAUUUGUACAAUAUUUGGAGGCUGAUGCGUGUCAUCGCGCGCUUCAGCAUGAGCAAGGGUCGAUGGUUAGGGGCAGGAAGAUCCACCUCGAAGUUUCCAAGCCGCAACGCAACACCCGUGGCUCGACCGACCAAGGUACACGUGGUGCCCGCCGUCGCUCUCGUUCCCCAGACUACACUCGCGGCGGCAGCACCCAACCACCGCGCAACGUGGACAGAUACACGAGUGGUGGAGGUGGAUCCCCCCGGAGGGACGAAUUCCGGCGCGUAAGGGAUGAUUACAGACCGGGACGCUCGCCUUCUCCUCGGCGUCGUGGGGGUCGUGAUAGAAGCAGAGAUCGUUAUGACGGGCGCAGGAGGAGCAGGUCGAGAUCGCCCUACGGUCGCGGCGGCAGAUACAGAAGCCCGUCGCCGCGUCACGACCCGGACGAUGACCUCCCACUCCCUCGCAGAGCUCCACGAGAUGUUCCGGACGUACAAAUCCUCGUCAUCCAGCCUCAAGACAUGGAUCGAGCUUUCAUCGCGUGGGUGGAGCGCGGUUUCCAAGAUGCCGGCGUCCGCUGCGAUGUCCUUUUGCUUUCACCUCGGCUUGAUGAGGCUGCUGUCAUCAGACGCCAGAUCCUCGAGGGCGUGAUUGCUGUCUCACGUAUCACGCGUGUCUCCCAGCAGACCGCCAAGGUCCCCCUUCAAGUCUUCAACCGCAGCGCCGGUCCCGCCAACGUCACAUUCGAGGAAUACACAGACCUCGAUCCAAUGGUCUGCGCGCAGCUUGUCAUUCGUGCCAGGGACCAAGCUCGUGCCCAGCCUACGCCACAAUAUCCAGCUCAGUAUGGGAUGCCACCGCCACAAUAUGGCAUGCCACCUGCUCAGCCUUCAGUCUCUUACGCCGUCGCACCACAACCGCAACCGGGACCUGGCGCAACGCCAGACUUGUCCAAUCUGAUCAGCACUCUAGACUCGACGGGCCUCCAGAAGCUCCUCGCAACAAUCCAGAACCCAGCCGGCGCACCAGCGUCAGCAUCGCUGCCGCCACAACAAGCGCCUCCGCCCGCCGCCUCGACACUGACGCCGGACAUUGCGCGCCUGCUGGGCAACACGGGCGGUGCGGCAAACGCGGCACCGACAUCCGCGUACGGCCAGCCGCCGCCUCAGAUGCAGGGUUACGCGCACCAGGCCCCAGUCUCGGCCUACGCGUCGCUGGCGGGCAACCCGGCGCUGGCGGGCAUGAUGGGCCAGCCGAGUGGCGCGACGCCGAUGCAGCCGAUGACGGGCGCGGGGAUGCCGCCUUCGGUGGCGCCUGCGGCAUCGGGCGCGCCGCCCCAGCCGCAGGACAUGCAGGAGAUUAUGGCGCAGUUGGCUAAGUAUAGGCGUUGA